AUGCAUACAGACAAGGGAAAACAGAAGAAGUAUAUGAAUGAGGAUGUAAGGUCAGGUGACCACAAUAGUAACAAAAAUGACAUUGACAAUCUAUUUGAGGAAUUUGAGUAUAAAAGUGCGAAUUUUGAAGAAGUUGAAAGUUACUCUAUAGAUAGUAUUCCAGUUGGUGAAGUGUUGAAAAGUGAGUCAGAAAGAAGGAUUGAUGAUGAGAAUGUUAAAAAAGAAAGCCUGGCAGUCUGUCUAGCUGUAAUGAAGGAAGUCCCAACUGAAAAGAAGGUCCCUAUAGAUAAAAAACUGCCUAUAAAAGAUCAAUUGGUUAGAAUAGUAGAUAGUGUGAAUAUAAAAGCAUAUUAUAAAGUAAAUGUGAAGCAAUUGUUUAAAGCAAAUGAAGACUUAUUUGCAAAUGGGUUAGAAGAACUUGGACAAACCGACCUUAUAAGGCAUAACUCUAAAUGGACAAGUUGUAAAAUUUCUAUCAAUAAAGUGCAACUAAAAGAGUAUCAUGAAGCUCAAAACCAUCUGAGGUAG